AUGGCGCUUGUGCUCGCACACCGCAGCAGCACCAGCAACAGCAGUAGAUGCAUCAACAGCAGCAGCAGCAGCAGCAGCAGCAGCAACAGCAGCAGCAGCAGCAGCAGCAGCAGCAGCAGCAUGGAUCUACCAGAGUUGACGCCGGGCAUGCAGCGGCUGCUGCUGCGUUACUUAUCUAUGAGCGAUGAGCCUGCUGCUGCCUACGCCUAUCUCCUCAAGCCGCCGCCCCAGCCCCAGCAGCAGCAGCAGCAGCAGCAGCAGCAACAGCAGCAGCAGCAGCAGCAGCAGCAGCAGAGAAUAUGCAGCAGCUCGUGCUUGGCCAACGUGCGGCGGCAACAGCAGCACCUGCAACAAUCCACAAACGCGCGAUGGCAGCAGCAGCAGCAGCAGCAGCAGCAGCAGCAGCAGCAAAGUGCAGACUCUGCUGACCGCCAGGAAUCCUUCACAGUGCAGCAACCGCAGCAGCAGCAACAGCAGCAACUGCAGCAGCAGCAGCAGCAACUGCCGCAGCAGCAGCUUGAGCCACAGCUCAUAGCCGUUGCGGUUCGUCCUCCGCUGCAGCGCCUGCAGCAGGCACAACAGCAGCAGCAACUGCAGCAGCAGCAGCAGCAACAGCAGCAGCAGCAGCAGCAGCAAGCAGCAGCCCUGCAGCAAGCGGCAUUGCUACCGCCGCAGCAACUGCAGCAGCCACAGCAGCAGCUGCAGCAGCAGCAGCAGCAGCAGCAGGCGGCAGCUGCAGCUGCAGCAACUGCAGCAGCUGCAGCAGCAGCAGCUGCAGCAGCUGCAGCAGCGGACCUUGCAGGUGUUGCUGAGCCACCGUGA